GUGUGUGGGGCUCAGUGAAGUCCGUCUGCAGCUGAGACACAUCCUCUCUACCUGCUCCUCUCUGCUCCACAACAAGAAACCAUGCCUAACUGGGGGGGCGGCAACAAGUGUGCAGCGUGCGGCGGGACGGUGUACCACGCCGAGGAGGUGCAGUGUGACGGCAAGAGCUUCCACAAGUGCUGCUUCCUCUGCAUGGUGUGCAGGAAGGGCUUGGACAGCACCACGCUGGCUAUCCACGACACGGAGAUCUACUGCAAGUCCUGCUACGGGAAGAAGUACGGCCCCAAAGGCUACGGAUACGGACAGGGGGCCGGGACCCUCAACAUGGACCGGGGGGAGCGGCUGGGCAUCAAACAGCAAGAGACACACACCCACAGACCCACCACCAACCCCAACCCGUCCAAGUGCCAGAAGUUUGGCGGCUCGGAGAAGUGCGCCCGGUGCGGAGACUCUGUGUACGCGGCGGAGAAGAUCAUGGGGGCGGGCAAGCCGUGGCAUAAGAACUGCUUCCGCUGUGCAAAGUGUGGCAAGAGCCUGGAGUCGACCACGCAGACCGAGAAGGACGGAGAGAUCUACUGCAAAGCGUGCUACGCUAAGAACUUCGGUCCUAAAGGGUUCGGUUACGGCCAGGGAGCCGGUGCUCUGGUCCACGCCCAGUGAAGACGAUCCACCCCUCAGAUUCCUGUCUCCAUCGUGAACAAAACCCAGCUUCUUCCUCCUGUGUUUCCUCCCUUGUUCCCAGUAGGUGCUCAAAUAAAAACAUGAACACACACUCUC